UCGGGUUAGGGGGCGUGGUCUCAGAGGCGCCUGCGCGGAGGCAGUUGGAGGGAGGCCCGAUUCCCCUUUGUUCGGCUUCGCCAUUUUGCGAGGCAGCGGCAGUGGCGGCGGCAGCGGCGGCUGGAGCCUCUGAUUGGGUUUCGGGGUCCGGUACUGGAGCCAAUCAGCGCGGGCAGCGAACCGGGGGAGCGAGGCACGGAGUACAUCUCAAAGUCUUCUAGGAUCUCCAGAGUGAAACUAACUGUGGACAGGACUCUGACUUGGAGAGACCAUGGAACAGUAUACAACAAACAGCAAUAGUUCAACAGAGCAGAUUGUUGUGCAGGCUGGACAAAUUCAACAGCAGCAGCAGGGUGGUGUCACUGCUGUCCAGCUGCAGACUGAGGCCCAGGUGGCAUCUGCCUCAGGCCAGCAAGUCCAGACCCUCCAGGUAGUCCAGGGGCAGCCAUUAAUGGUACAGGUCAGUGGAGGUCAGUUAAUAACAUCAACUGGCCAACCCAUCAUGGUCCAGGCUGUUCCUGGUGGACAAGGUCAAACCAUCAUGCAAGUACCUGUGUCUGGGACACAGGGUUUGCAACAGAUACAGUUGGUCCCACCUGGGCAGAUCCAGAUCCAGGGUGGGCAGGCUGUGCAGGUUCAGGGUCAGCAGGGCCAGACCCAGCAGAUCAUCAUCCAGCAGCCCCAGACUGCUGUUACUGCUGGCCAGACACAGACACAGCAGCAGAUCGCUGUCCAGGGGCAGCAAGUGGCACAGACUGCUGAGGGACAGACCAUCGUCUAUCAGCCAGUCAAUGCAGAUGGCACCAUUCUCCAGCAAGUUACAGUCCCUGUUUCAGGCAUGAUCACCAUCCCUGCAGCCAGUUUGGCAGGAGCACAGAUUGUUCAGACGGGAGCCAACACCAACACAACCAGCAGUGGGCAAGGAACUGUCACGGUGACACUACCAGUGGCAGGCAAUGUGGUCAAUUCAGGAGGGAUGGUCAUGAUGGUACCUGGUGCUGGCUCUGUGCCUGCUAUCCAAAGAAUCCCUCUUCCCGGGGCAGAGAUGCUUGAAGAAGAGCCUCUCUAUGUGAAUGCCAAACAGUACCACCGUAUUCUUAAGAGGAGGCAAGCCCGGGCUAAAUUAGAGGCAGAAGGGAAAAUUCCAAAGGAAAGAAGGAAAUACCUGCAUGAGUCUCGGCACCGUCAUGCCAUGGCCCGGAAGCGUGGUGAAGGUGGACGAUUUUUCUCUCCAAAGGAAAAAGACAGUCCCCAUAUGCAGGAUCCAAAUCAAGCAGAUGAAGAGGCUAUGACACAGAUCAUCCGAGUGUCCUAACCCCAGGCCAUGUGAUGGAGCUGAUCAAGGUCAUGUUCCUCACACCGUUUCCCACUGUUCCAAGGAAACUGAUCAACUCUUCCGACGGGACACUGACGAUCACAUUCUGCCCUUUUCUACAGGACAGAAACCACUUAGUUUUUAAUAAGUGGUUCAGUAUUAUAAUUGCAGUGAUAUCUGGCAAAUUGAAGUUGCAAGCCUUUGUCUCGCCCUUUCAGUCAGGACUUCCUUCAGACUGUGGGUGACAUUGACAUUUCAUGGAUUGGGAUGAUGCAAGGGAGCCAUGCCAGCCUAGCAGUACCACACAUAGCACUUAUGUUGCCUGGUGAUGCCAGCCAGCCGUCUCCGCAGAGGAGAAUGACCUUCUCAACCUAAACUGCAAUCAGGGAAGCUGCAGCCCACUCCUUUCCCAAGGAUUCUGAACAGCACCCGUCCCUCUGCUGGGGGAUCUCAGGCUGACUAAUGAACACUUUGUAUUCAGAGAUGGUUUCCAGGCAAGGAAGCUCCAUCUCAUGAUAUGGAAACAAUAAAUUCUCUGAGAUACAUUCAUCUAAUCUGUGGUAAUAAUAAGAAUUUCUGUCCACCCGGAUGAUAGGUUGGUAUUUUUGGACACCGGCCAAGAAAAAGUUAACUCUCGGGAUAGACUGACAAAAGACUCAAGCACUAAACGUAGAAAUUGCUGGAUCUCUUAGCUUUGACAAGUUGUUGUCUACUUGUCUGUUGACAGGUCAUAUGGACCACAGUUCUUGACUUUUAGGACAAUUUGAGGGUAUUGGAUCUUGAAACUGCCUUUCCUAAGUAGAGAACAAAAUUACACAACUUCUGUGCUGAAGUCCUGAGGACAUUUGUAGUAACUCCUAAACAGCAAAACUAGAGAGAUUCUCAAUCAUAGGCUCCGUGACAGCAUUUGGGGACUAGAAAGGUUCGUGUGUGUUUCAGUCUAGAAGGACAAAGAGAGUAGUAUGCAUACCCUUGUGUUGUCAUAUAGCAUGAUUCGCCAGUGGAUUGAUGCCUGGGAUGGAUUGUUAAGAUGAAGAGAAUAAUUUACAUUUAUACUACAAUCUUUUAACAAGCACGUUUGAAAGGGAGAAGUCUGAUUUGGUCCUUGACAAUUUCUGGAAAGCACUGUUCAAUCAGCUAAUCUGGACACAUUCCAGGUUACCUGCUAGAGUUCGAGGUGGAUGUUGGCUUCACUCCUGCUGUGCUUUGUGCCGGCCCCACAGAGCAAACAUUCUUGUUCUUCCCAUGGCAGCUGAUUUUUUGGUGCCGGUUUCUGUUUGUUUCCCCUUUUCUCCAUAAGCCUUGAGCAGAAAGGUUUUCACAUUGCAUCCCCAUUCUGGUGAUGAACUGUGGACUGGAAGUGGAUUCCUGCAGGGUCAGGAACCGGGCCAUGGUUCCCAGAAUGGGUUGUGCCUGAAUAAUCUGUUUGUUUUCUAGAUGUGGAACCUUGGGAGAACCGAGAUGAUAUUUGGGAAGAGUUGCUGCCUUCUCUGGAAACAAAGAAGGGAAACUUAGUUCUUUUGGAGAACAUUUGGGUUUGAUUUAAAUACCGAGAGUAGAGAUUGGCUCGCUCUUUGAUUUCACUCUACCUAUGUUAAGAGGGAAAGGAAAUUAAAUCCUCUAAAGAAAUCAUCACAAAGGGGAAUCAUUGUAAUGGUAGAAAUGGAGGUAUAGAACUAUGCAAAGAAAGCAGGAAGUGGAGUAUCUCCCUCAUCCCUUGAAUCUAGUCAUCUGUCCUGGCUUCCAGGUAGGCUUACUAGAAACUUCUGGCUCCUUAUGUGAGAUUCAGGUGGUAAGCCCUAAGUUUUUCAGAUGAUAGGUUACUAAAAGCAAUGAGGAGUUUAUAUCCUUUGGUUUCUUUAAUACUCAUGCAGAGUUCAGAAAGAAAUUACUCAGAUCUAAUUUCUAGUACUUAAGCCAACACCUAGUUCUAAAAUGCUAUUUAUUUGUGUCUGUAAGUUUGUACAUAAUAAUACCAACCUCAUUUUUGUUGUGGGGGGGUGGGUUUUGUUUUUUGGGUUUUUUUUUUUUUUUUUCAUGAGUUUGAGUUUGGUUUAUUUGAAAUGAAAUGCAUCAGUUGUCAUUUUGUCAUUGCAUUUCAGGUAGCUCAUGGCCCCUUUAUUGUGGUCAUUUUAGCACGUAAUAACCCACAAAGUGGGACUGAAGUUUGGAUUUUUUUUCUUUGUUGCUAGAAAUUCUUUUAUCCAUUUGUCCUUGAGACUGUAGUGAUUACUUCAUAGAUGCAAAAAGAAUGAAUGGAUGAGUGAAUAACUAGUUUAAUGUGUAGUUCUUUCACUUCUUGAGUGUUUCUUGGGUUUGGUUUUUUUGUUUUUUGGUUUUUUUUUUUGCAGGAUAAUUGUAAAUGUAUAUAUUUUAAUUGCACUGGUACAUCGAACAUGUCAGUGUCUCUACCACUGGACCAACAGAGCAUUUUUCUGGCUAAUGAGUGCCUGAUAAUAAUGUCUUGAUUUUCCUUUGGGACUAAACUACACAGGUUUUUUUCCUCCCAGCAGUAGGGGAGCACAGGUGAUGGAUCAUUGAUGUCAUUUCAAUUGUUAUUUUUUAAAAUAAAUAAAUUUAUAAAAAUGCUAAAAA